GAGGAUGUCUCCCUCAUGCAAGAGAAGGACGGCGUCACGAACCUGCUGCUCAAGUGCACACACGACCAAGAGACGGUCCUCGUGCGGGUCUAUGGCGACUCUACAGAGACUAUCAUCUCCCGCACGAGGGAGCUCGAGAACUUUGUCGCGCUCUACUUGCAGGGAUAUGCGCCAGAGGUGCUCAAUCGCUUCGAGAAUGGUCUUGUCUAUCGCUAUGUUCCUGGCCAGGUGCUCAACGCCAAGACGGUGCGUGACGAGCGGUACGCGCAUGCAACAGCAUCACUACUCGGAGAAUGGCACCGUGUCAUGCCUCACAGCGAGAGAAACGCAUUCUGGCCAACGCUCAAGCAGUGGGUAGAGCUGGUCCCCGAGGGAGAUUCACACAGCACACGUCGACUGACGGAGCAGCUCGCCGUGCUGCAGCAAGAGGCAGAGCAGGCAUCCAACGAGCUCGUCUUCUCACACAACGACCUGCUGCCGGCUAACAUCAUUGUGCAGAGUGACGGUACAGAGAAGGUGGCCUUUAUCGACUAUGAGUAUGCAUGCACGCAUGAUCCACAUUUUGACAUUGCCAACCACUUUCUCGAGUAUGCUGGCAUGGACUGCGACUGGGAGACGCUGCCGAGCGAAGCACACCAGCGCCAUUUUGUCGCCGCGUACCUGGAGAGCUUCCACCAACGGGCACCGGACGAUGCGGCCAUUCACGCAACCAUGGCCAAGGUCAACACGUACAAGCGCGUCUCUCACUUCUACUGGGGCGUGUGGGCGCUGGUCCAGGCCUCCAUCAGCAAAAUUGACUUUGACUACGCAGCCUACGCACAGCGACGACUC